AAUGUUGGUGGGGGGAGAGGUGUCUGGUUACCCCAUUAUAAGGACUCACACAGCCCCUACCCUUGCCUCGGGAGCUGCCAGCGCCUGCUAAGGGAGAGAGGGAUAUCUCUGACCUGUCCAUCUGCAGGUGAAACCCAAUAACGAACACCAUGUCUGAUGAAGAAGUCGAAUAUGAGGAGGAGCAGCAAGAAGAAGAGGAACAACCUGAAGAAGAAGAGGAGGAACGCCCAAAGCCCAGGCCAGUGGUUCCACAGUUGGCUCCUCCAAAAAUCCCCGAGGGGGAGAGAGUGGAUUUCGAUGACAUCCACCGCAAGCGUAUGGAGAAGGAUCUCCUUGAACUUCAGACCCUCAUUGAUGUACACUUUGAACAGAGAAAGAAAGAAGAGGAGGAGCUUGUUGGUCUCAUGUCAAGAAUUGAACGCCGCCGGGCAGAACGUGCUGAACAGCAGCGGGUCCGCACCGAGAAAGAACGGGAACGACAGGCCAAGCUAGCCGAAGAGAAGAUGAGGAAAGAGGAAGAAGAGGCUAAGAAAAGGGCUGAAGAUGAUGCUAAGAAGAAGAAAGUGCUAUCCAAUAUGGGAGCCCAUUUUGGUGGAUACCUGGUCAAGGCAGAGCAAAAACGUGGCAAGAGGCAGACGGGCCGUGAAACGAAGGUCCGGAUCUUAACAGAAAGGAGGAAACCACUGAACACAGAAAACUUAAGCGAGCAACAGUUGAGGGACAAGGCCAAGGAACUGCAUGACUGGAUCAAUCAACUAGAAUCGGAGAAAUUUGACUUGAUGCAAAAACUCCAAUGCCAGAAGUAUGAGAUCAACGUUCUUUACAACCGUAUCAGCCACGCUCAGAAAUUCAAAAAAGGUGCCGGAAAGGGACGAGUUGGUGGUCGCUGGAAGUAAAAAAAGAAGAUACCACUCCCAGCCCAAUCUGGAGCCUCCAACAGCAGCAGCGACAGUUGAUGAUGCCUCGUUGCUUCUCCUGUGUGUAUACUGUGCUGAAAAUUAUCCAGCUUAUCCUCUAUCCAUUCUCCUCCACCUCACACGUGUCCAUAGCAUGUUCUGUGUCACAAGCUGCACAUAAUAAACCAACCUCUUCCUCUC